AGGUUGGGCUGGGCUGUUCCUGGAAUGGGGAGGAGGUAGGAGAAGCAAGCGGAAGGAGAGGACGGUGUGUUGCUGGCCGGCUGGCCCAGGACACGAGAGAAGAUAGCCCCUCCGGCGGCCAGUCUGGGCACCCUGGGACCGACGCUGCAGUAACUGCCGUUGGCCGGGUCAGAGGGCAGGUAGCCUGGCUGCUGCAUCCACUAGGACCAGGCCUGGUCUGUCCAUUUGGCCGGAGGCCCCUUUAAGGAGUAACAGCAGGACAUGGCCGACACUGCACAAGCCCAGGAGCUGGUGUACCUGGUCACAGGUGGCUGUGGCUUCCUGGGGGAGCAUGUAGUUCGCAUGCUCCUACAGCGGGAACCCCGGCUGCAUGAGCUGCGGGUCUUUGACCUGCACCUGGGGCCCUGGCUGGAGGAGCUGCAGACAGGGCCCGUGCAGGUGACUGCCAUCCAGGGGGAUGUGACCCAGGCCCACGAGGUGGCAGCGGCUGUGGCUGGAGCCCACGUGGUCAUCCACACAGCUGGGUUGGUGGACGUGUUUGGGAGGGCCAGUUCCGAGACCAUUCAUGAGGUGAACGUGCAGGGCACACAGAACGUGAUCGACGCUUGUGUGCAGACUGGAACCCAGUUCCUGGUCUACACGAGCAGCAUGGAAGUGGUGGGGCCCAACAUCAAAGGUCACCCCUUCUACAGAGGCGAUGAGGACACCCCAUAUGAAGCAGUACACAAACACCCCUAUCCUCGCAGCAAGGCCCUGGCUGAGCAGCUAGUCCUGGAAGCCAAUGGAAGGAAGGUCCGUGGAGGGAGGCCCCUGGUGACUUGUGCCCUGCGUCCCACCGGCAUCUACGGUGAAGGUCACCAGAUCAUGAGGGACAUCUUCUACCAGGGCCAGCGCCUGGGAGGCCGGCUCUUCCGGGCCAUCCCAGCCUCUGUGGAGCACGGCCGGGUCUACGUAGGCAACGUGGCCUGGAUGCACGUGCUGGUGGCCCGGGAGCUGCAGCAGCGAGGGGCACUCAUGGGUGGCCAGGCGUACUUCUGCUACGACAGCUCGCCCUACAAGAGCUACGAGGAUUUCAACAUGGAGAUCCUGGGGCCCUGCGGGCUGCGGCUGGUGGGCACCCGCCCGCUGCUGCCCUACUGGCUGCUUAUGUUCCUGGCUGUGCUCAACGCCCUGCUGCAGUGGCUGCUGCGGCCGCUCCUGCUCUACGCGCCCCUGCUCAACCCCUACACGCUGGCGAUGGCCAACACCACCUUCACAGUGAGCACCAACAAGGCUCAGCGCCAUUUUGGCUACGAGCCCCUGUUCUCCUGGGAAGACAGUCGGACCCGCACCAUCGGCUGGGUGCGGGCCAUGGACGGUUCAGCCCCGUGACAAGGGCACUGGGGCCUGGGGCCCGGCCUGGCACGUCCAUCCAGCCCUCAAACCCUGGGUGGGGAGGGAAACCUGCAUUCUAGAGCUGGGGGGAAGGUCCGGGGCCAGAUGGCCGUCCUAGAGCUCUCCACGCGUUAAAUCGACCCGUGAGCCUUGAGCCCGUGUCCUGAUGCCUCCAAGUUCCAGGGCACGCACGUCGUCACUCUCCACCCAGGCCUGACAGCGGGUGGGCGAGGGUCUGAGUUUCCCGAUGUUCUCAACUGCCCCAUCCCACACUGGCUUUUCAGUCAGGAAGUGGGUAGGUUUCCACAAGCCUCGCGCUGGCCUUCUGACAUCCAGACGGAGCCUCGGGCCUGGAUUUAGAGCGAAGAGGCUUUCUUGUUCCUCCUACCUACCACCUUUGUCCCUCCUGGGGGCGAGGGGUGGGGUGGGCGUCAUAUUCCCAUUAUUGGAAAACCUUGACCAUCCUUAGAUGUUUCUCUUCUCAUUAUCUUGAAUGAAACCUGAGGAAACCUGUGUCUUCACUUCUUCCCACCCCUGGAAGCCCCGUUCAGUUUCUGCAAUAUUGUGAGAGCCCUGCCUGAGGAUGCCCCAGUAAUUCUGUACCUGCCCAAGCCCUGGAUUAAAAUACCUUACGAAGCCUG